CUUGCUCAGUUUAUUUUCAAGCUUCGUGGAGGCAGCACACACGUCGCUCUGCUCGCGCUAUUUGUUGUUUUCCUCGCAGGUUACACCUUUCGCAGUCGCAGUUUGCAGCACUGCCCGCGGCGCAGUCGCCGAUCGUGUGUGUUUCAACGAACCAAUAUAUUCCAAAUAUAUUGUUUAAUUAACGCUUUUUGGCCAACAAAAAUAAUAACCGAAAAAAUAUACAUGUUUCGAAAUUGUUUAUGAAUUCAAUGCAAAUUAAAGUGUAUGUGCUCUAACGCUGACUCUGAAUUGUGACAAAGAAACAAAUGAACUAAUCAAAAAGUAUGUAGCCGCGCGACGCGACACAUGGAAUUCCAAAACUAAACCAAAGAUAAAAUGGCAAAGAAUGAUGCGAAGCUGCUCGUAAAUAAAUUAAUAAACCCAAUCAACAAACAUCGACACGACAUAAAGAAAACAGAUCAAUUUGCAAAUGAAUAAACGAAAGUAGUAACCCAAACAAAGCGAAGAAUUUCUAACACACAAAAGGGGAAGUUCCAUCAAAAAAUACAAUAAAAUACAAUUGCAUGACUGUGAAGGCGAAAGUGACAGCCGCCCCUCUUCGUUCCCCGAAUCGCAUGAAGAGCACCGCAAACCACAAUGUCCAGGUGUGACAACCACAAGUCCCGCCGCCAACAGCUGCCCGUUCCGGCUCCUUUGUCCUCCCUCUCCCACUCCUCCUCCUCGUCGACCCGCUCGCAAGGACACCACAUCCACUCCAGCCACUCGGAUCUGAAUGGAGGCGGUGGUGAAUCCUUCCUGCAAUAUUGCAGCGACAGCGAAAAGAGGCCACCGCCCAUCGUGGUGGUGGUGGGCGAUGGGCGGAGUCGGGUGCGACGGGUGGUGCGCACCGCAACGCGGCACGUCACCGUGGUCAGUCUGUCCACGCGGCACAAGGAGACCCAGACGCACACCUCGCACCAUGUGACGGCUGUCAGCUUUCCCCAAAAGAGCCUCGAGCGGAGCGGCUCCACCCAGUACGAGCUGGCUGGGGCGCAACAGCCGGGGUCCGCCAAUGCCUCCUCCACCUGCACAGAUAGCGGCAGCGUCGGUGGAUAUGUCUACCUGCAGAACCACUAUGCCCCCGGGGCGCACAGCUCCUCGGCCGCCAUCAACUAUCCUGCGCAACAGCAUCCCCAGAUGGUCUACCAAAUCCAGCAGUAUCCCACGUGCCAUCAGCAGCAGCAACAACAGCACCUCCAGCAGCAGCAGCAACAACAGCAGCAGCAGCAGCACUUGCACCAAACUGGUGGAGGUCACUACAUGCAGGUGACGGCAACGGGUGGCCAGUAUCACCACCAUCACAUGCUCCACGGCCACGGGCACCAUGCCCACCAUCACGGUCACGGUGGUGCGGUGGUCAUUGCCGGCAGUGGUGUGGGCACUGGCCUCGGAUCCGGAGCCACCAGUGUGAUCAUGCAGCACCAGCAACAGCAGCAGCAGCAGCAGAACAUGCACAAGAAGAACUCCAUCCGGAAUGGCGGCGAUGUCCUCAAGCGAACGCGAGCUCAGUCAGCCUACGAACUCUCACAAGAUCUGCUGGAGAAGCAGAUCGAGCUGCUGGAGCGCAAGUACGGCGGAGUGCGAGCCCGCAACGCAGCGGUGACCAUUCAGCGCGCCUUCCGCCACUACAUGAUGGUCAAGAAGUUCGCCUCGAUCACGGCCAUGGCCAAGGCCGAGAAGCGUCUCAGCCGACGCAUGGUGGUGACGGCCAGUAGUCUUGGCUUGGCCGAGGAGGGUGCCUCCUCCUCCUCUGCCUACGGCAGUGCCACCGAAUCUCAGCUCGUCGAGCAGCAGCAGCAGCAACAGCAGCAGCAACAACAGCAGCAACAACAGCAGCAACAACAGCAGCAGCAGCCACGUGUCACCAUCAUGGCGGGUCCGGCGGGAGCAGCUUCUCCUGGUUUAUCGAGAACGCCGCCCACGCGAUCGCUUUCCAUGCGGGAGCGACGUCAGCUGGACUGCAGUCCCAUUCCGCGUAGUCAGUCAGGAGCCUCUCCCGCCUCCAUCUCCAGCUCGACAGUCACCUCCUCCUCCGCGUUGGCCUCCCAUCCGCAUGUGAACCUGCUCCAUGCGGCCGAGCCGCAUUACUACAAUGCCCAGGCCCUGCCCACGGCGGCUGCCUACUACACUAGUUACCACGGUUCGCCGCACGAUAUUAGCUACGCCAGCUCGGCGGACACCUCGCUGAACGCCUCGUGGGUGAACACCAGCGGCCACUCCCCGCACACGCCCUACUACUCGGCGGCGCAGAUCUACAUGCGGCCCAAGGGCGGCAGCACCACGCCCACGCCCAGCUGCAGCGGCAGCACGGGCAGCGGCAGCGGGGGCAGCGGCAGUGGCAGCAACAAGAAGGUCCCACCCGAGGUGCCCAAGCGCACCAGCUCCAUAACAGCGCAGCAGCAGACGCAGCUCCUCCUGCUGCAACGCCAAACGCCGCCGCCUCCUUCGCUGCUGCGCACCAAUGGUCUCUGCAAGACCGCCGAAAAUGGCAGCCUGACCUCCGUGCAGAGUUCCGGAUCGGAUUCGAGCGUCACCUCAGCGGAACGCAACAUGAACAGCGAUCUGGGCUCGGAUCGCAGCAACUCACCGCACACCUGGAAACGGGGAACGGCUUUGAAUAGCUCGCAACAGUUCUCCACGCACUCGGCGGACUCAGCGGGAGCGGUUUCUGGCGGCGGAGUGGCCGGAGGAGCCGGCAUUUAUGCCGCCCAAAUGCAGGCUGCCGUUGCAGCAGCCACGGCGGCAGGAGGACACCCGCCAGCCGAUGACCAUGCCAUCUCAUCGCACACGAGCGCCGCUCAGUACGAGCAACACGAGCAGCAGCAGCACGAACAGCAGCAACUGCAGGCCGCAGCUGCCGCUGCCGGAGUUGCCCAGAACUACAAGAUGUCGGAGACGAUACGCAAGCGACAGUAUCGCGUUGGCCUCAAUCUGUUCAACAAGAAGCCGGAGAAGGGCAUCACCUACUUGAUCAGGCGGGGAUUCCUCGAGAAUACACCUCAGGGUGUGGCUCGUUUCUUGAUCACCCGGAAAGGUUUGUCCCGCCAAAUGAUCGGCGAGUAUUUGGGCAAUCUGCAGAACCAGUUCAACAUGGCCGUGCUCAGUUGCUUCGCCAUGGAGUUGGACCUGUCCGGUCGCCAAGUGGAUGUGGCUCUGCGUAAGUUCCAGGCCUACUUCCGCAUGCCCGGCGAGGCUCAAAAGAUCGAGCGUCUGAUGGAGAUCUUCUCACAGCGCUACUGCGAGUGCAAUGCGGACAUCGUGGGGCGACUGAGAUCAUCUGAUACGAUCUUUGUCCUGGCCUUUGCCAUCAUCAUGUUGAAUACCGAUCUGCACACACCAAAUUUGAAGCCGGAGCGGCGCAUGCGCGUCGAGGACUUUAUCAAGAAUCUGCGCGGCAUCGACGAUUGCCAUGACAUCGAUAAGGAUAUGCUCAUGGGCAUUUACGAUCGCGUCAAGUCCGAUGAGUUCAAGCCGGGCAGCGAUCAUGUCACCCAGGUGAUGAAGGUCCAGGCCACGAUUGUGGGCAAGAAACCGAAUCUGGCGCUGCCACAUCGCCGCCUCGUUUGCUAUUGCCGGCUGUACGAGAUUCCCGACGUGAACAAGAAGGAGCGACCUGGUGUGCAUCAGCGCGAGGUGUUCCUGUUCAACGAUCUGCUGGUCAUCACCAAAAUCUUUAGCAAAAAGAAGACCUCCGUGACGUACACGUUCCGCAACAGUUUCCCGCUGUGCGGCACCGUGGUCACCCUGCUGGACAUGCCCAACUAUCCGUUCUGCAUCCAGCUCUCGCAGAAGGUCGACGGCAAGAUCCUGAUCACCUUCAAUGCCCGCAACGAACACGAUCGCUGCAAGUUCGCCGAGGAUCUCAAGGAGUCCAUCAGCGAGAUGGACGAGAUGGAGUCGCUGCGCAUUGAGGCCGAACUGGAGCGCCAGAAGUCGGCGCGCAAUCGAGCGCCCGGCAAUGCGGAGAAUCGUGACAGUGGCGUGGCCGAUGUGGAGGUCUGUCCGUGUCCCUACCAAGCGGGAUCUCAGGCGUCCGGUGAGCAGGCUCCCAACUCCGCUGAUUCCUCGCAGCAGCUGAAGCGCAGUGCGCUCAGCAACAGUCUUCUCGACAUGCACGAGCAAUUUGGCAAUGAGAAACCGCAGCGCAGAGGCAGCGUUGGCUCUUUGGACAGCGGCAUGAGUAUCUCGUUCCAGUCGACCACCACCUCCAGCGCCUCGAGGGAGAAUGCAGCUGCGAUUGCGGCCGCAGCCAAUGCAGCGGCGGCAGCCAAGAUGCGAUUCAACAUGCCGCCAACGGCAGCGAUUGCCACGCCCAGCAAUGUCUAUGCGGCACCGGGAAUGCAGGCAUAUACCCACGCCAACUUUGUGCAGCAGUCGCAGGCCGCUUACAUGCUGCAGCAGCAGCAAAUGCUCCAGCAGCAGGCACAAAUGCAGGCUCAGGCGCAGGCUCAAGCUCAAGCUCAAGCCCAAGCUCAGGCACAAGCUCAGGCGCAGGCGCAACCGCUAACUGGGAGGAUUCCGGGACGCGAGCGGAAGGCUUCGCGAACGGAUGAGAACGGACGGUCGACGGAGGUCUAAGUCAUCUACUGUACAUUUUAGUUAUUGAGCAAAGCGAUAAUUAUUAAAUCUAUAUAGCAUAUAGAGUGAAGUAUCUUGUAUAAUCCGAAUCGAAACGAACCGAACGCCAUUUUCUUCAACACCUAACAAACAAACAAACAAAAAAAAGGAAAAACCACACAGGCUUACGAGUAUAUAGUGAAUUCUUAAAUGUUCCUUCGUUCUCUGCUAAUAUUAAUGUAAAUAAAUUAAACAUUUGUCUGUUUCACACUA